GAGUCCUCUACUAAUUAGAAUUGGAAAAUGAAUGAAAAAGCAGCAGGGUGAAACACAUUUAUACAGUGAAACCACCCGUAGACUCUACUUGAAAGACAAUUAUGAAACAAAAAAAGUAAAUGCUAAAUCAAGCAGAGAUUGUUAAUUGAGUAGAGCACAUACAGUUGAUAUAAAUUGAGCAAAUAAUCCAUUUUGCAGAACCAGAAAAUUUGCAGAACCACAUUUUUCAGUCUCAGCUGUGUAAAUUAUAUUAACGGUCUAUUGCUCAAUUACUUCAUCCAACAAAGCUUCCAUCACAUAUAUCAGCAAUAUAAGCAACCAAUAUGCUGUUACCCUCUUCUAAAUUUCAACACAAUUGACCGCGAAUUCGAAAUAAUUAACCAAAAUCAGUGUUAACUGCAAACCAGAACUUCACUUCAUCGACCGGAUAUACUGUAGUUUGUUUACAUUCCUCUACGGUACUUGCUGUGAAAAUACGCAUCAACCGUCAUUUGUUAGACCAAUGCCACAGUGGGUGCAUUCAGGCCGCUUUUUGGUGGGGGGGGCGACAGAAUGUUAAUAUUCCAAAUGCGCUGCAAGAUAACUGGUGCAUAGUCCCCGAAUAACACUACAUUUCCCACAAUGCGGCGUAGAGGAUAUAGUUUCGGGAGUGGGCGGAGCUUGUUGGGCGCGCGUUGUUAAAAAAAAAGGAUUUGAAAGAAAAAGAUGGCGCCGGAAAAACGUUCGCCCACAGACCAAGACGGCCCCAUGUGCGGUACUGUAGCCACUGAGGAAACGACGGAUGAGGCCAAUCACUCAUCUAAACUAAAGCGCUCCCCCACCUCCCAGGGCACUGUCCCGCCACAAAAAUCACCCCGUAUCGAAAUGCAGUCCCUCAACACAAUGACACCAGACGCCGGAGAGGAGCAUCAGGAUACAGACCUGCUGGAAAUGGCAUCGGGAAGCGCGGAGAAACCAGUGACGUGUCCGCCAGCCAGCCCCACUGCACGGAGGAAAUCCUGGAGGAGAGCCACCAUGACAAGACGCUCCCUGCCUACACUCCCCAACCCAUAUCAGACUUUGUGCAAGAGCAUCAGCACAUCUUUAUCACAGCGAGAGAGGUUGAGUCUAUUGAUGGAGGCUGCCAUGAAGCUUGCCAUUGAUAGACUUCAGAAUUCACUCAAAUCAGUGACAAAUUCAUCUCCCCCAGAGUCUUUUCAAAAACAAGUUGAGAACUUGCAGACGGAGUGGCACACUCUGACCCAAAGCAUAGGGAGUGAACAGCAACUUCCUGACAGUGCAGCAAGAUGUGGUGAUCUUGCAAUGCGGACAGCUACGGAAAAAUUCUUGAAUAACACCAACAGGCUUCAAGCUGAAAUUGAGUCCUGGGAAGCACUCUUACAAAAACACCAGAGUCGGGCAGAAGAACUAAAAAGGUUGGAAUAUGUGCAAUAUUGCCAUCAAACAGUCCUUUUAAGUUUUGUGUCCUCUAUUUGUCACAGGAAAGUGGCUCAGGGCCAUAAGAAGGCUGUCUCAUUAGACCACACACGUUUGGCUUUAUCCUCUCAAUACCAGUUAAUUCGAAAUAAACCUGACUACCAUGGCUUCCUCUGUAGGCAGCAACCCAUCAUGCACACAAUGGCAGCUAUUAUGGAUACUCAGUGUAAGAUAGUCCGAGAACUUCAGUCCAUCAAGGAGCAGUCGCAGCUAAUGGUGAAAGAGACCAGUGGCCGACUGGCGGCUCAAGCUGGAUUCCGGGAUCAUUCCGCCAACACCAUUAAGGAACUAGUGAUGGCAACUCUUCCGUCCACAGCCACAUAUUGGUCUUAAAUGGAGGCAAACCCUCAAACGACCAUACUUUUUUUCUGUCUUUUUUUAAUAGUCAUUUUGACUUCUGACUAUCUUUAUUUGUCAUUGUGAAAUUUGCCUGUUGUCCGUAUCUAAAGAGCUAGGCGCUGAUAGUUGAUGUAAUUCAUCUAUGUGACCAGCAGCUGGCAGUAGGUGUCUUAAAAAUAAUGCAAAGCUGGAAGAUCUCUGCUAUAGCUUAAUGAAAUAAAUGCCUUCUCACCUCUAAAAAAUGAAAUCCCAAAGACUCUUGUAAGACUAGACACAUGUACACAAUGAGUGCAUGCAUGGUGUCAAUUAAAAAGAAAUGUACCAUA